AUGUUUAGGGCAUUUGACUCUGACCAAAGAGGUAGCGAGUUCGAGGCUCCGGUGGGACGUCACUUGAGUCUGGACCUUCCGAAAAGCAACCGACCGGAACGGAGGAUGGCGGUUGUCGCUCUGGAGUAUGUGCGCUACAAGGUGGACAUCACUGCUAUCAACGAGGCCCAAUUCUCUGAACAGAGUCAGCUGGAGGGGGUGGGUGCCGACUACGCCUUCUUCUGGAGCGGCACCCAAAGGCGGAGCAAGAAGACGCGGAUUUCGCCUUUGCCGUCCCGAAUGACAUCAUGA